GAAAAGGGUUUGUUUGAAAGGCUCAAUUGUUUCUUUUGAGUCUCCGAGCCAGACGCCUGGUGUUCUCUCUUUCAUAACUGUUCAUCUGUUCGCAGUGGAAACCCUACUAAGAAAUCUCUGAAGAUGUCUGGAGCCCAGGAAGAAGAGAAGAAGCCUAUGGAUCAAGCAGCUCACAUUAAUCUCAAGGUUAAGGGUCAGGAUGGGAAUGAGGUCUUUUUCAGGAUCAAACGCAGCACCCAACUAAGGAAGCUCAUGAGUGCUUACUGUGACCGUCAGUCUGUAGAUCAAAAUUCUAUUGCCUUCUUGUUUGACGGUCGGCGACUCCGUGGAGAGCAAACCCCUGAUGAGCUUGAGAUGGAGGAUGGAGAUGAAAUUGAUGCAAUGCUGCACCAGACAGGUGGUAGUUUUGGAGAUCUCUGAGAUUUUAUGAAGGAAGAAAUAGAUUCCGUAGGGUUACGACUUAGUUAAAUAUUUGCUGGUGUGCUAGUACUUAUACUGCCUUUAUGUAAAGAAGAAAGGAUCCAAACUGGACUAAGGAAUCCAGAACUUGAUUUCAGGUUUUGGUGGAAGAACACUAGGUGUCCUUUCUACAUUUUGUCAGAUAUGAAAAUAGAAUGCUUGAAAUUGUUAACAUGCAUAUUCAUGUGAUCACUUCUUCCA